AUGGCAGCAAGCCAGGUCCAGCAUGCCAUUAUAGCUGUAGAUUACUUUACGAAGUGGGUCGAAGCUAAGGCACUGGCCACAAUCACAGCAGUGUUUACAAUUGACUUCUUAUGGAAGUUAAUUAUUAGCCGAUUUGGAUUACCACGAGUUAUAGUCACAGACCGAGGAAAGCAAUUUGACAAUGCUCAGUUCAAAGCAUACUGUAUUUCCAAGGGAAUACAUGUACAUUAUGCGUCUAAAGCUCACCCGAAAGCUAAUGGGCAAGUGGAAGUCACGAAUCGAACCAUCAAAAAGGGGAUUAAGAAGAGGCUGCGAGAGGCCAAAGGAGCUUGGCCAGAUGAGCUUUAUAAUGUGCUAUGGGCAUAUCGGAUAACACCUCGAACUGCAACUGGAAAAACUCCAUACUCCCUUGCAUUUGGGGCUGAAGCAGACCGCAAGCACAGAUCACCAAGAAAACCAGGAAGAUCUCAGGGCUGA